AUGAAGCCAGACAGUGAUGUUGCGAGCUUAAUAAAGAAAACUACUUUGAUAAAAUGGGAUGAGACACCAAUGGUUCAUAAGCAUGCAUUUGAAGUAUUAGAUAGAAGUAUGAACGAUAUUUUCAAUACUCAUCGCAGUGGUGACUCACAUAUGCUUUUUGGGGGUAAGGUAAUUGUUUUUGGAGGAGAUUUCAGACAGAUUCUGCUGGUUAUUCCCAAUGCAGGUAGACAAGACAUCGUAAAUGCAUCAUUAAGUUCAUCAUACAUUUGGGACAAAUGCAAAGUCCUAAGGUUAACUAGAAAAAUGAGGCAAACUGCAAACAGUGAGAGUUCAGAAAUUGAACAAACAAGGGAUUUUGCAAAAUGGAUUUUGGACAUAGUAGAAGGAAAAGUUGGAGGUGAUAAUGAUGGUGAAGCAGUUAUUGAGAUACCUCAUGAUCUUCUCAUUACCGAUCACGUCAAUCUUAUAUCUGCAUUAAUCGAAUUCGUCUAUCCCUCAAUUCUUGAAAACAUCAAUGACUCAGCUUAUUAUCAAGAACGAGCAAUACUUGCACCAAAAAAUGAAGUCGUUCAAGAAAUAAAUGAUCGUUUGCUGUCAUUGUUUCUAGGAGAAGAAAAAGAGUACUUAAGUUCAUAUACGCUAUGUGAAUCAGAGCACCUUCAUGAUGAGUUUGAUAAAAAUUUGUACUCUCCUGAUGUUUUAAAUGGUCUUAAAUUAUCGGGAAUACCAAACCAUAAGAUUUUACAAAAAGUUGUUGUUCCUAUCAUGUUACUCAGGAAUAUUGAUCAGAAAUCUGGAUUAUGUAAUGCUACUAGACUGCGGGUGUUAACAUUGGGAAAUCGAGUAAUAAAAGCACAGGUUAUAUCUUAA